UGAUGACGCGGAGGAUUGUAGUAUGUGAAUUUGUCCCACGGAACUCCCAAAUAAAGCUGUUGUUCGGAGGCUGUGCGGUCGCUACCUUGCUCCGAACACAGCGCGGAGUCCAUUCUGCGACGGGAGUCUGCCCUCUUUUUUCUCUGCGGGCGGAGUGGUCGCGUGGGCGCUUGAGCGAAUUGAAAGUGACGGACGCGUGUUCUAGCCAAUAGUAGCAUCGUCGAUUGACGCUGGCGCAGUCUAAAGCCAAUCCGCAAAGUGAAUGGGCGUAACCCAAGUCCAAAUUUUUACGCGGCGCCAUCGGCUGAAAACUAAACCGAGAUGGAAUCUCCCAGUCUGAACCGGUUUCAACCGGUUGCGAGAGGAGAGAGAGAAGAGAAGAGAGGAGCGUUGAAAGGAGGCACACACGCUGUAACCUCCACGCCAAUUCGUUACUGGAGAUUUAUUAGAAUUAUUUAAGUGGAAGAAGUUUGAUUGUUUUUUUGGUUGACGUAAAAUGUCACCGUGAUAGUACAUUUAGAGAUACCAUACAUCAGUGGUUUGUGUAGCAGCCAGACAUCACCAAGACACUCACUAUCUCAUUGCUGGAGCUGGGGAUAAGUCAACGCUGCACAAUUAGGACAUAAUAUCGCAUUUUCUUCCAUUCGAUAAGUAUCUUUGUAGUUUUUUCCGGGCAAACGCCACUUUUUCCUGUCAGAGUCGUGGACUUUAGAGCUCUAUGCCAGCAGUUAUGACAAUGUUAGCAGACCAUGCAGCACAGCAGCUGCUGGACUUCAACCAGAAACUGGAUAUCAACCUGCUGGACAAUGUGGUGAACUGUCUGUAUCAUGGAGUGGGUCCACAGCAGAGAAUGGCGCAGGAAGUGUUGACGCACCUAAAAGAACAUCCAGAUGCCUGGACAAGAGUGGACACCAUCCUGGAGUUCUCACAGAACAUGAAUACUAAGUAUUAUGCACUUCAGAUUCUGGAAACCGUUAUCAAAACCAGGUGGAAGAUUCUUCCCAGGAACCAGUGUGAAGGAAUAAAAAAGUAUGUUGUUGGUCUCAUUAUCAAGACCUCGUCUGACGCAGCGAACGUGGAGAAAGAGAAGGUGUACAUUGGGAAGUUGAACAUGAUUCUUGUUCAGAUCCUAAAACAGGAGUGGCCCAAACACUGGCCCACCUUCAUCAGUGACAUUGUUGGAGCCAGUCGUACCAGCGAGAGCCUCUGUCAGAACAACAUGGUGAUCCUGAAGCUGCUCAGUGAAGAAGUGUUUGAUUUCUCCAGUGGUCAGAUGACCCAGGUCAAGGCCAAACACCUCAAAGACAGCAUGUGCAAUGAGUUUUCCCAGAUAUUUCAGCUCUGCCAGUUUGUGAUGGAGAAUUCCCAGAAUGCACCUCUGGUUCACGCCACACUAGAGACACUGCUACGUUUCCUCAAUUGGAUUCCUCUGGGCUACAUUUUUGAGACCAAACUAAUCAGCACGCUGGUGUACAAGUUCUUGAAUGUUCCCAUGUUCCGUAACGUAACUCUGAAGUGCCUGACAGAAAUCGCCGGUGUGAGCGUCAGUCAGUACGAGGAGCAGUUUGUCACACUCUUCACACUCACCAUGUGUCAACUCAAACAGAUGCUGCCUCUGAAUACCAACAUUCGAUUGGCCUACGCAAAUGGAAAAGACGACGAGCAGAACUUCAUCCAGAACUUGAGUCUGUUCCUCUGCACGUUCCUUAAAGAGCACGGGCAGCUUAUUGAAAAACGACUGAACCUUCGAGAAACGUUAAUGGAGGCUCUCCACUACAUGCUACUGGUGUCUGAAGUUGAAGAAACGGAGAUCUUUAAGAUUUGUUUGGAAUAUUGGAACCACUUAGCUGCAGAGCUCUACAGAGAGAGCCCCUUCUCCACGUCCACGUCACCCCUGCUCUCCGGGAACCAGCACUUUGACGUGCCACCGCGCCGACAGCUCUACCUGCCCGUGCUCUCAAAGGUGCGGCUGCUGAUGGUCAGUCGAAUGGCCAAACCAGAAGAGGUGCUGGUUGUGGAGAAUGACCAGGGGGAGGUGGUCAGAGAGUUCAUGAAGGACACGGAUUCUAUCAACCUCUACAAGAACAUGAGAGAAACUCUUGUGUACCUCACUCACCUGGACUAUGCAGACACAGAGCGCAUCAUGACUGAGAAGCUCCACAACCAGGUGAACGGCACCGAGUGGUCCUGGAAGAACCUCAACACGCUGUGCUGGGCCAUCGGAUCGAUCAGUGGGGCGAUGCACGAGGAGGACGAGAAGAGGUUCUUGGUCACCGUCAUCAAGGAUCUGCUGGGUCUUUGUGAGCAGAAAAGAGGAAAAGACAACAAGGCCAUCAUCGCCUCCAACAUCAUGUACAUCGUUGGUCAGUACCCACGGUUUCUGAGAGCCCACUGGAAGUUCCUGAAGACCGUGGUCAACAAGUUGUUUGAGUUCAUGCACGAAACUCACGAUGGAGUCCAGGACAUGGCCUGUGACACCUUCAUCAAAAUUGCGCAGAAGUGUCGGCGCCACUUCAUCCAGGUCCAGGUGGGGGAGGUGAUGCCCUUCAUUGACGAGAUCCUCAACAACAUCAACACCAUCAUCUGUGACCUCCAGCCACAGCAGGUGCACACCUUCUAUGAAGCAGUAGGUUAUAUGAUCGGAGCCCAGACGGACCAGGCUGUGCAAGAGCACCUCAUAGAGAAGUACAUGCUGCUGCCUAAUCAAGUGUGGGACAGCAUCAUCCAGCAGGCCACGAAGAACGUGGACAUCCUGAAGGACCCAGAGACGGUGAAGCAGCUGGGCAGCAUCCUGAAGACCAACGUCCGAGCCUGCAAGGCUGUGGGCCAUCCCUUUGUCAUCCAACUGGGCCGGAUCUACUUGGACAUGCUCAAUGUCUACAAGUGCCUGAGUGAAAACAUCUCUGCGGCCAUUCAAACAAAUGGUGAGAUGGUGACAAAACAGCCCCUGAUCCGGAGCAUGAGGACGGUGAAGCGGGAGACGCUAAAGCUGAUCUCAGGCUGGGUCAGCAGAUCAAACGACCCACAGAUGGUUGGAGAAAACUUUGUUCCACCACUUUUGGACGCCGUUCUUAUCGACUACCAGCGCAACGUUCCUGCUGCUAGAGAACCUGAGGUCCUCAGCACCAUGGCCACCAUUGUGAACAAACUUGGGGGGCACAUCACCAGUGAGAUCCCUCAGAUCUUUGAUGCUGUUUUUGAGUGCACUCUGAACAUGAUCAACAAGGUGAGGGAAGGACGGCACUGAGAUGUGGAGGAACACAGGACCCACUUCUUCUACCUGCUCCAGGCUGUGAACUCUCACUGCUUCGCUGCAUUCCUUGCCAUCCCCCCAGCACAGUUCAAGCUGGUGCUGGACUCCAUCAUCUGGGCCUUCAAACACACCAUGAGGAACGUGGCCGACACUGGUUUGCAGAUCCUCUACACGAUGCUUCAGAACGUGGCCCAGGAGGAAGCAGCAGCUCAGAGCUUCUACCAGACGUACUUCUGUGACAUCCUGCAGCACAUCUUCUCAGUGGUCACAGACACGUCGCACACCGCCGGCCUGACCAUGCACGCCUCCAUCCUGGCCUACAUGUUCAACCUGGUGGAGGAGGGAAAGAUCACUGCAACCUUGAACCCUACAAAUCCUGCCAACAACCAAGUGUUCAUCCAGGAGUACGUGGCCAACCUGCUGAAGACGGCCUUCCCUCACCUACAGGAUGCUCAGGUGAAGGUCUUUGUGACUGGACUGUUCAGUCUAAACCAGGACAUUCCUGCCUUUAAGGAGCAUCUGAGGGACUUCCUGGUCCAGAUCAAGGAGUUUGCAGGAGAGGACACCACAGAUCUGUUCCUGGAGGAGAGGGAAGCGUCGCUGCGUCAGGCCCAGGAGGAGAAACACAAGAUCCAGAUGUCUGUGCCGGGAAUCCUCAACCCGCAUGAGAUUCCUGAGGAAAUGUGCGACUGAGCGAGUGCGUCUGAAACAAACUGUGUACAGUCGUCCAAACCCACCAUCCCACCAUCCCGCCCUGAUCACCGCAGACACAACUAAAACUCAAAGAGAGGCACUUGAACGCAGCAGGAUGCCCGGCUUUGCCCCCCCCCCCAUGCCCCCUCUCCGCUGGAUGUUCGUUGACCAAAACCACGCCAGUAACGUGUAAAUGAUCGCCGUCACCCUGUGGCCCCUUUUUACCUAAAGAUAUCUGCAUUUUUUAUGGGAAACCUUUUUUCUGUAACACCUUUAACAGAAGCAAUGAAUCAAAAGCGGUUUCAACGUCUGCUGCAUGACCAGGUCGCACCAAUUAGGACAGUUUUCACUUAUCGUUUCCUCCUUUUCUCUCCAUCUAUUUGUUUAUAUAAAUAUGUAUUCAGCCUGAGCAGGGUUACUUGAUUUGAUUUAGGUUUUUUUUUUUGUUUUUUUUUUUUUUUGUGAGAACAGCAUAACGUGUCAAUUUGGCGAGACAGACAAGCAGGAAGUGAGUCGUGGCUUCUUCAGUGUCCCACAACAACGUGGGGGAAUGUGAAUCUGAACCAAUGAAGGCUAGGAGAUGCUACGAGGCGCGCUAGCAUCUGUUGCUUCACCUAAAAAAGUGUUUGGCUUCUGCCGACAGGUUAUUGUUAUAAUUGUUAUUUUUUUAGGGACAGCGAACAUGUGCAUAUCAUCCCGAUUGUAUAGCCUCUUUACUACCAUGGGAACACUUUUGUUUUUCCUUUUUAUUCAGUCUUUUGUUUUGUUUGUGGAUGUGGGUGUGUGCGUGCGCGUGUGUGCUGUCGCAGAGUCGACAUCAGCGUUUUGUUUUUCCUCUGAGAGGAUUGUUGCUCAUUUAUGAGCCUUCAUUAACGGGACGUUUUUAAGGAAGUGGCGGACGUCGUAUUUAUGGCUUUGUGGUCGGUUGCAUCUUUCUAUAACAAAUCCUGAUUAACUCAGACGGCUUUCCAGAUUUAGUUUUCUUUUGUGAGUUGUACUAAGUUCUAGAUUGUUUACCGUUUUCAUGUCGUAGUGCUUCAAGCCACUACAUUUAGAGCAAAUGAUGAAUAAAAAGUGGGUUUACAUUUAAUUUUGUAUUUUUGCAGUUUUUUUUUCUUUAUUUGUACCUGAUCUGAGUUUUGUCAAAGUAAAGACACCAAACUUUUUUUUCUUCAGAGCAAAUUAAUUGCCAACGAGUUGAAUUGGAGAAAAGAAUGUAAAAAUCCAAAUAAGCGCCCUGUCUGACGAGUUUCCCUUAUUGAGGUGUUACAUUUGUUGUGAACUUUUUGAACUGAUUAAAGUUGAGAAUUUUAUAACCCUG